UUUUCUGCUGAGCAUAUCCGGCCCUUUUCAUCGGCCAUUGCCGAAGCUGUGGCAAAAUGAAGACUAUAAAAGCAGAACAAGUAGUCAAGGUCCCCGAUGGGGUAAAAGUGUCCGUGAACUCUCGUCGAGUAACAGUGAAAGGUCCGAGAGGUACCUUGAAGCGCGACUUCCGCCACAUCCAAGUGGAGAUGAUGAUGGUUGGCAAGCAGCGUCUCUUGGUGCGCAAAUGGUUUGGAAUCCGCAAGGAGCUGGCAACUGUGAGGACAGUCUGUUCGCAUGUUGAGAACAUGAUUAAGGGUGUCACCAAGGGAUUCCAGUACAAGAUGCGUACCGUGUACGCUCACUUCCCCAUCAACGUGACCACGUCCGAGAACAACCAGCUGGUGGAGAUCAGGAACUUCCUGGGCGAGAAGUACAUCAGGCGGGUGCGCAUGCAGCCCGGUGUCACGUGUAUAAACUCCCCAGCACAGAAGGAUGAGCUCAUCCUUGAGGGCAACGACAUUGAACUUGUCUCUCUCUCUGCUGCCCGUAUCCAGCAGUCUACGCUCGUUAAAAACAAGGAUAUCCGAAAGUUCUUGGACGGCAUCUACGUCUCGGAAAAGACGACCGUGGUCAAGGAGGAAUGAAGGAGCUCUCGGACUGUUAAUAAACGCUCGAAAAACA